UUUAAACGAGGCAAAAUUGCGCGUUGCCCGCGCAGUUCUUGCUGGUCCUCCCGUAUCGUUGCAAUGGCUGGUGUCUCGAGAUAUACGCUGGCCGGCAUGAAGGCGCUCCAGCUAGGGACUUCGGAGCCCAUUGAUCUGGGCUCGCUGCAGGGAAAGGUGUUGCUGGUUGCCAACGUGGCUUCGCUCUGAGGCACAACGACCCGGGACUUCACUCAGUUCCGUGAACUGCAGGAACGUUUCGGGUCUAAAGGACUCACCGUCCUCGCUUUCCCCUCUAACCAGUUUGGUCACCAGGAAAAUGCCACCAAUGAAGAGAUCCUGAAUUCCCUGAAAUAUGUCCGUCCAGGCAAUGGCUAUGUGCCCAACUUCCCUGUGUUUGAGAAGUGUGAAGUCAAUGGGGAAAAAGCUCAUCCUCUCUUCAAGUUCCUGAAAGAAUCAUUGCCUGUCCCACAUGAUGAUCCUGUGUCUCUGAUGACCGAUCCAAAGUUCAUAAUUUGGUCUCCUGUGUGCCGCAGUGACAUCGCAUGGAAUUUUGAAAAGUUUCUCAUUGGUCGUGAUGGGGUGCCUUUCAAACGAUACAGCAGAAAAUUUGAAACUAUCAAGAUGAAGGAUGACAUUGAAAAGCUGCUUCAACAAAAAGUCUAGAUUGGACCAGAUAAAAUCUUGAUAAAACUUCCCUACAUCUCUGCUUUGAUCUAGGUUUUUAAAAGUGUAUAAUGCUACCCAUAAUGUAAAUUUAACUAUAACUUUCCAUGUUAAACUAAAUUCAUAAAUCUAGAAAAUGUAGAAGAUAGCUGCUUUAUAUAUUGUAGCAGUAAAGCUUCUCUGUGAUAUAAAGUAAACUCAUAACUCUUCUUUAAAAGGCUUAAAGAUUACUCAGGACAGUCAUUGGUCUGAAGUUCAUAUUAUGGGUGUCAUUAACCUCUGAUGUAGCAGAGAGAAAAUUUGUUUUAACCAAUCUGCAAAUCAUUCAAACUAAGGGGAAUAGAACUGAAGUGUACUUAGAAAGAUUUCUACAAUGUGAGGUAGUCUUAAAUGUUGUGCUCUUUUCUACAUUUCUUGUUUUGCUGUGAUUCACUAACUGUUCUGCUGGUAAGAGUUUACUCUCCAUCAAAAUUUUAUUUAUGAUGGUGCUUCUUCUAAAUACUUGAUAAGCACCUGAUGUACUUUUAAAAUUUUGCAUGUGAAGUUGUAAAUUAUAGCAAGUAGAACAGUUUGGAAUCUGCUUUCCAUGCCACCAUGCACCAAUAAAAUCUUGAAACUGUUAA